AUGAGCGAGAAUAAUCCCAAAACCCCUCUUCCACCUUCUUCAACCGGAGAUCAUGCCUCAACCAAAUAUUCACGAAACAAAACCCAUAUCAACCCACCAGAAACGGCAAUUCCAGAUACCGCAACCCUGAGAGAUCAAUGGAAGUUCGCCAUCAGACAGUACAGCAAAUGGUACUCUCACGCUUGGGGAACCGCCAUUCUUGCCGGAACUGCUUUCUUCGCCCUUGGUUGGUUCAUCAAGGGUGAAAAUCCCAUUCCCUCUUUCAACUCCAACAACAACAAACCUUCUUCAUCUCAUCAAGACAAGGACAAACCUCCCCAACCCCAGUGA